CAAAAGUGCGACUCUCCUCAGGCUGCACAUCGGCAUGCUGCAGGCGUCACGACGUUUGCUAAACAACCAACCCAAACCUUCACGGGUAACACCGCCGCCUCAAUCGCUACCACUACUGCCAAAAAGGCAAGUCUGCUACCUGCUCAACCAGAAAAAAUAUCGACUCCCUCAUCACACAUCCAUCCAGUCCCACGAAGGAUGGUAUAUCUGACCAGACAGCGGAAAACCUACUGCCUCAUCUGGAUCAAUCACGCGAGAUUCCGACUGUGAUUUCCACUACGCACCACAAGGCUGCUUCGGAGGGCGGGUACACACCGCAUGUGACAGGGAGCAUUGAUAUGCGUGGCGACGGCAUGGCGAGCACGCGGAACAGUAUCAUAGUGUUGCACUACCUGGCCCCGGCCGCGACCACGGCAUACUUCGCUCUGGCAAAGACACUGGCCGCAUGUCUGCUACAAGAACCCUCCAAACGUGCCGGACGGAGAUCUCGACGAUGGCCCGCCAUCAUACUGCAGUCUGUCGUGGUGGCGACAGUCAUCGCUGAGGGCAUAUCAGCAGUGCUGCACGCGGUGCGGAGACCAGGAUGGGCAGCAUCACAAGACUAUGUUGUUUAUCUGGUACUCCUCUUCGUAUUGCAUGGGUCCAUUGCAGUCGGCAUUGCAGAGAACGCAACACCACUAUGGCAUCCAUAUGUUGGUUCAUGGCUUGUCGCUGGUGGAUUCGAAAUACCACUUUUCGUUCUUCAGGCGGCCGUGGAUCACGGAAAAGACGGCGGCUUUUCGCAACUGCGCAUGAUCGCAUGCCUGGUGCGCGCUGCCAGUCUGGUCUCUCUGUCAUUAGCCAUGGCGUGGAUUGCGCUCAAGGAUCGCGACCCAGGUAUCAGGCUGGACGACGAGAGUGAGGCUCUUCUUGCUGAACAUGGGGCGCACGGCAUACUGUACGCCAAUGGCGCCGCCAAUAGCGGGAAUGGCACGAAUGGCAAUGCGAAGGUGGCGUCCACACCCAGUCUUUUUGACGCCACUGAGAAUGAGACUGCAACAGAAGAGGUCAACGACGACGCCGAAUUUGACUCAGAGACAGACAUCCCGGACGCCGACAAAGAGCUCAAAGCCCAGCAGAAAAAGCGGCUCAAAGAGUCCGGAAGCUGGCUGAAGUAUCUCGCCGAUUUCAAGAUCUUCUUCUGGAUCCUGUUGCCACGCAAAGACCGUGUUGUUCAAGCAUGCUACUUCGCGAUCGGCUUCGUGAUCCUUGCUGAGCGCGCUCUUGUGAUUCUUGUACCACGGCAACUCGGUAUUAUCACCAAUGAACUGGCCAAAGAUGCCGGCACAGGGGUCGUCCCAUGGCGAGCUAUUGGCACCUGGAUGCUGCUGGCCGCAUUCCAAUCCUCUGCCGGGCUACAGCUCGCCAAAUCUAUCGUGCAGAUGCCUGUGCAGCAGUAUGGCUUCAAGGCGUUGUCCACCACUGCCUUCAAACACAUCAUGUGCUUGUCCAUGGACUUUCACAACGAGAAGAACUCGGGCGAGCUCAUUCGAGCGAUUGAUCAAGGGACCAACCUCCAGGACUUGAUCGACUUCUUCCUGUUCGAAAUCAUACCCAUGUUCUUCGAUCUGAUACUGGCCUUUUGGUAUGUCACACAUCUCUUUGAUAUCUACAUGGGUAUCAUCCUCAUUGCGAUUGGAUUCCUAUACAUCUGGAUUGGUGCAAAGGUCACGAGCUGGAGCAUUAAGCGGCGACGCGACUACAAUACUGCCUGGCGGAACGAGAGCAAGGUUCAGAAUGAAGCCAUCAAUAAUUGGCAGACCGUCUCGCACUUUAAUAGGAGUGAGUACGAGACUCGCCGAUAUACCGACACCGUAGAGAGCUACAUCCUCGCACUCUGGCGGUAUUGGCUGGCAUAUUACUGCGGAGCUGCAGCACAGUCUGCAACUCUGCUCACUGGACGUCUGGCUGCCGUAGCUCUCGCCGCGUAUCGUGUCUCGCAGGGAUCUGCACCAGUUGGAAAUUUCAUCACACUGGUGACCUAUUGGCGCUCGAUCGAGCUUCCACUCAUGAGUGUAUCUUACUCGAUCCGUAAGGUCUCUUCCAUGGUGAUUGACUCGGAGCGCCUCUUGCAGCUACUCAAAACGGAGCCGACAGUGGUAGACAAGCCUGAUGCGAAGAACCUGGAUGUCCGUUCAGGUGAAGUCCGCUUCGAUCACGUCGACUUCUUCUACGACAAGCGAAAGCAAACGCUCAAGGAUGUCAACUUCACGGUCAAGCCUGGCAAGACGGUCGCAAUCUGUGGUGAGACUGGGGGCGGCAAAUCGACCAUUUUGAAGCUCCUGUACCGAUACUACGAUGUCAAUGGCGGCGCCAUCCGAAUUGAUGGGCAAGACCUUCGAGAUGUGACACUGGACAGUCUACGCGACGCUUUCGGCAUGGUGCCGCAAGAUCCAUCUCUCUUCAACGUGUCCAUCAUGGACAACGUCCGCUAUGCUCGCCUAGACGCCACCGAUGCAGAAGUCAAGGAAGCUUGUAAAGCUGCCGCCAUUCACGACAAAAUCGAGACAUUUCCCGAUGGCUACAAGGCCAUGGUAGGCGAGCGCGGCGUCAAGCUUUCAGGUGGUGAGCUUCAGCGUGUAGCCAUUGCACGAGCUAUCCUGCGUCAGCCCAAGAUUGUGCUCCUGGACGAAGCCACGAGCAUGAUUGAUGCUGAGACCGAAGCGGUGAUUCAGAGCGCUUUCAAGCGUCUGACCGCUGGCCGAACGACAUUCAUUGUCGCACAUCGGCUGUCGACCAUUCAGCACGCUGAUCUGAUUCUGGUCAUUCACGACGGCAAGAUUGUGGAGUCUGGUACACACGAGGAGCUCUUCGAGCAAAAGGGCAAGUAUGUUGCUCUAUGGUCGAAGCAAUUGAGCAGAAGUGUUCAGGAUGUAGAGAAGAAGAUUGAGGCUGUAAAAGCAGAUCAGGCAUUGAUUGACCUCGAUCAAGCUUCUACCAUAGGUGUAGAGACCUCUGAAAGCAGCAGCAGCAAGAGUGAUUCGCCUGAGCGCCAGCAAUGAUGCCAGUGAAAUGGAAAAAGUCGCGUUUUGCUAAAAGGAGGCGGUUGUCUUGCGCGAUACGCUGGAGCUGCGUCGUGCGCGGACAGCAAUUGAUCAUUUGCAGACAGAUUGCAAGGUAAUCAGCUAUGGAGAAGUGCAGCAUAGCGUAAUCACAAUGACUUUCCAGAUGAG